AGUUUGUCUGACCACCGACCAGCGCGGACGGGUUUCUGUGUUAGUGUUCAAUAAAAUAUGCGGUGAUAUUUUUUCUAUACAAAAAAAAAAACAACAUACAAAAAUGAAUUUGUUCAUCCUUGCCGUUUUCGCUGCGAGCGCCUGCUUUGUAAAUGGACAAAAUUCUUGCCAGACGCCUAGCGGCGGCAGUGGCGAGUGCAUUUCGGUCUACAACUGUCAAGUUCUUCUGGCCCUGGUCAACAAGAAGGAUAGGACCAGCGAAGAUGUGGAUCUGCUGAAGAGAUCGCAAUGUGGACACGUUGGAAAGACACCAGCAGUGUGCUGUCCCAAAGCUCAGCAGCAAGGUAACUGCUUCACGCCUGAAGGCAAGGUUGGGCAAUGCAUCAGCUUGUACUCUUGUCCUCAUCUUGCUAAUAUGCUCAAACCUCCCGUGCCUGCCGAGAGUAUCAGUUACGUGCAACGAUCAAGAUGCGAGGGCCCAGAGCAAUACAGCGUCUGCUGCGGUCCAGCUCCGAGUCGCAACCCAUCCGUGCUGCCUCAAGGCAACUGUGAUUCCAAGAUGUCUGCCUUCCCCCCUGACCCGAGCUCAGGUUGCUGUGGUUUGGACAGCAGAGUCGGCAACAAGAUCGUGGGAGGAACAGCGACUACAGUAGACCAGUACCCGUGGCUGGUAAUGAUUGAGUACGUCAAGCUGGGAGUCACGAAACUGCUUUGUGGAGGAGCUCUCAUCAGCGGCAAAUAUGUCCUGACCGCUGGGCAUUGUGUGGCUGGAGCAGUUCUUGAUAUUGGCACACCCCGGAGAGUACGUUUGGGAGAAUACGACAUUUCCCACGAAGGCGCCGACUGCGCUCCAGUAGAGGCUGGUGGUGAAGACUGUACUGAAGGAGUGACGAGGAUCGAGAUUGAGAAGGUCAUUCCUCACCCGCAGUACAACCCAGUCAGCGCUUUGAAGAGGAACGAUAUUGCUUUGUUGAGACUGAAGGAGAAUGCUCCGUUCACAGACUUCAUCCGUCCCAUCUGCUUGCCCAACAAGGACCUGACACUGCCUGAGAAUACUCCUCAAAACUUCAGUUUGUACGCCGCCGGUUGGGGUGCCGUCAGCACACGACAAUCUUUCAGCAACGUCAAACUUCACGUUGAAUUGCCUUUCGUUAGCCAGGAUAGAUGCCAACCUGCCUACAGCCAGCCCGGUCGCAGUGUGACCCUAUGGCAAGGUCAGCUGUGUGCCGGAGGUGUUACCGGCAAGGACUCAUGCAAGGGAGACUCUGGCGGUCCCCUCAUGUUCGAAGAUGGAAGGACCUAUGAAGUCAUCGGUGUCGUCAGUUUUGGACCCGUUCCUUGUGGCAUGGAAGGCAUUCCUGGUGUCUACAGCAAAGUAUACGAAUAUCUGGACUGGAUUAGGACCACUAUUGUUCCUUAAAUUACUUUUAUUUUGACGUAUAGUGACCUGAACCAACUCAGAUAUUUUUGAUAGAAAUGCAUUUUUUUUUCUCGAAGUAUAAUUUCGUUGUCGUGUUAAGUGUAUGUAGUCAAUGCAAAAGUGAGAUUUUGAGCAUAAUAUUUAAAACUAAACUGUUUAAAAUUAGGUCACUACCAGCGCUUAUUUAAUAAUAAGACUCGUCCAUGACUCAAUUUGUUAUAUCUGGCCGUAAUAAACUAUAAUGAUCAUUUUUGUUGCUUAGUUAUCAUGAAAUAUAGACCUUUUUGAUACAUAAGAAAAUUUUGCGCCAUCAUUUCGUUCUUGAUUUGGUACUUCAACUAUUUCGAUAUUAUUCGUAUCAAUCUUACUAUGUCUUCCCGUUUCUUGUGCAUUUAAGCGUAAAUUCUGCUCAAGAUUUCCAACAUAGAAUGCGUCACUCUAACUUUUAAGAUUAACAUAAUUUAAGUCAAAUAAGUAUACUUAACUAUUAUUAUGCUUCUUGUUGAACAAGUAAGGAUUGAAGGUUGAUAGUUUUUCAAAUCUUGCGUCACUGUCAUUGAUUUCAAUAGUUAUUUUAUUUUCUGUAUCUUAUUUCUGACUAUCAAUCUCUUUCCUUCGCUCCGUAGUACAGCUCACGCGAUGCAAAGAUCUCAAGACUGUUCAACUUCAGAUGAGAUAGUUCGUAAGUCAAACAACGUCUAUUGAGAUUACUACUAUUAAUAAAUAAGUGUGAGAUUUUUCUCAA